AUGCGCGGUCGUAUCCUUCUCACCCUCUCUGCUUUCGGCCAAGGCGUUACACCCUUCAUCGCAGAUUGGAACCACACCCACAUUUAUAAUCCCCGCUGGCCCCCUCAUGCCAAAUUCCACAAUGGACAAACUAUGUCUUUAGGUGCACUACUUGGUCUCGUUACUUUAUACUAUACCUGGCGCUUCCCACGUAUCCCAACUCCGAAGUCCAAAUCGAAGGUAGAGAAGAAGCAGACUCCCGAAUCAUCAGAGUCAGCGUGGGUGCGAAAGAUGACUCGGGAUAGUAUGAUCACAGCUGCGAUUGCGGGGAGUUUGUAUUGGAUCGCGGGGUUGUCUGCGAUAUUAUACCCGGGAAGUAAGGCAAUGGAUCCAGAAUUUGGGGAUUCGGCUCCGCAGAUGAUCAUUUUUCCAUUUUUUAUGGGGAUGGCUAUUUUAGGAGCCUGGUUCGAAGUCAAGGAUCUGGACAAGGUGUAA